UCUGUUUGGCCCACUGAGAGUUUAUGGACGAGCUGAAGCGGAGGAGGACGCGGUAGAAGGAAUUUCGGUGGACGCUCGAUUCGGACAGCCUAAUAUUUGGGACGGGAAGGGAGAGAUAGAGAGGAGGGACGAGUGGAGGAUGAGUUUGAAGGGUUUGGAGCGGACGGUUGGACCCCGGAGUUGACAUGCUGCCUGCUUCUCACUCUCCCUCCCACUUUUUUUUGUCCCUUCCCAAACCAGGAAAUCAUCGCUGAGCUGCUGCUCGCUUCCCUCUGAGGGCGGAUUCAUGACCGUCUCGUCCGCGUUUGACCGCUUGUUCUGUCUGUUUUGGCUCUGAUCUGUGAAGAAGCCAAGCCUGUGGAGCGGUGGAGAACCUGAGGUCCAGCCAUGAGCGAGUCCAGCAUCUGUCAGGCUCGUGCUACGGUAAUGACCUACGAUGAUGCGAAUAAAAAGUGGAUUCCGGCAGGUACCGGCCCACAGGUCUUCAGCAGAGUUCAGAUCUACCACAACCCCAGCAGCAACGCCUUCAGAGUGGUCGGCCGCAAGAUGCAGACUGACCAACAGGUGGUGAUGAACUGUCCAAUCACAAAAGGGCUGAAGUAUAAUCAAGCCACGCCCAAUUUCCACCAGUGGAGGGAUGCACGGCAGGUUUGGGGUUUGAACUUUGGAAGUAAGGAGGAUGCUGUGCUGUUCGCUAACGGCAUGCUCCAUGCGCUGGAUGUGCUCAGCUCGAUGCCUGACUCAGGAUACUCCACUCUCCCUCGUCCAGUUUCCAAUGGACCAUCGCCAGAGGAGCUGGAGCAGCAGAGACGACUGGAACAGCAGAGACUCGAGCAGCAGGAGAGAGAAAGGCAGGAAAGAGAGCGGCUAGAGAGAGAAAGACUGGAGAGAGAGCGACAGGCUGCUUCAGUGGUCAUUCCUCCUGCGCCGCCUUUGGCCCCUGGGACCCCUCCGGCUCCUCCUGGGCCCCCACCCCCCCCUGGGCCCCCACCUCCCCCGGGUCCUCCACCCUCAGGGGGCGCUCCGCCACCUGCUCCUCCACUACCUGCUCCCUCUGGUGGGGGUGGGGGUGGUGGUCCGGGGGGCGGCGGUCUGGCAGCAGCACUCGCAGGAGCCAAAUUGCGCAAAGUAGCCAAGCCGGAUGAAGGUGGUACUGCACCUCCUCUUCCUGCUGCUGCAGCUCCUGCUGCUACGCCUCCUAAACCAGAUGCCAACCGCACCAGCGGCGUGCCCAGCGGGGGGGGUCUGAUGGGGGAAAUGAGUGCCAUCCUGGCCAGACGGCGGAAAGCAGCAGAUAAAGGAGAGAAAGUUCCUCCAGCUCCGAAAACAGAAGAACCCAGUAACGACGAUUCUGACGCUCAGGGCCAAACUGAUACGCUGAGGAGGCCGUGGGAGAAAUCUGCCACCAUGCCCAGGAAUAAUUCUGUUCCCAGAGGGCUGGACUCCCCCUCCUUCAGCACCAUGAGCCCCAGGCUGAAAGCUGCAGUGACCACCAACGAAACGGAGAGCGGAGAGGAGUCUGAGUUGGAAAGAAUCAAACAGGAGCUGCUGGAGGAGGUCAGGAAGGAGCUGCAGAAGGUUAAGGAGGAAAUCAUUGGAGCGUUUAUUCAGGAGUUACAGAAGAGGGGCUCUACAUAAAGCCCCAGCGUGGGACACACUCCUCCAGUUAGCAGCCCAGGGAUCACUCACUCACACACUGAUACGAACGCAGGGACUUCCUCUGUCAGCAACUCCACUCUGAGGAUCAUUUUAGUCAUUAUAGUCUUUUAUUCUGCUUCGGCCUCCAUUUGUUGUUUCCUCUUCUCAUUAAAUUGCACCCAUCACUCUCCCUCUCCCUCUCUCUCUCUCUCUCUCUCUCUCUCUCUCUCUCUCUCUCUCUCUCUCUCUCUCUCUCUCUCUCUCUCUCUAUCUCUCUCUCUCUCCCUCUCUCUCUCUCUCUCUCAGUAUAUAAACAGGUAAUUGCGAGUGUUUAAAGAUUGUUUAUCAUUCUGUAGUCGCCCUCGUGACCAUAUAAGGGCGUCCGGGUCUGAGCAGUUUAUCUCUAUGGCCGUUUUUGAAAAUUCCCUCUGUGGUCAGAGUUGCUGUACGCGUCCACGUGCACUUUGUCCUGCCGUAUUCCGCCACUUGUGGCCAAUUCUUUAAUUUCAGUUAUGAUUUUAUACCUUGCAGAAUGCAUCUGUCAUCCACACAAGCUACAAUAUCUCACUGGCGAGUGACAUACGAGAAUGUAACGAUGCAGACUUUAUCCAAAGUCUUUCUUCCAAAUCCCUGCAGUUCUGUAUAAAACAGACGGUAAAAUUCAGGGGAGACGAGAGGAACUGUGGGGUUUUUUGCUUCAGGGACAGUUUAAUGUGGGCCAUUCAAUGCGAAGACCCAUCUACUUUCACCUGAUUGGCUGAACACAGUGCUGCAGCCAGACUCAUUUGCAUAAAGCACAAAUCUUCUGAAUUGUUUUGCUGCAACCGUCUUGCGCCAGAUCUGACAGAGUGUUGAACUGAGCCGGAUGCAGUGCGGCGAAGCUGCAAGUGGACGCGCACUGUAAGGCUCCUGCACACUGAAGACUGACCUCACCGAAAUACCCGACACUAAACCAGCACACUCUGUCCAGUGUGGUCGUUUAGAGGCGCUUUGUCAGUUUGAACAGCUGGUGUUGGUGUAAAACAGUGUUUACAGCAAAUAAAGAUAUCUAAGCAUCUUAAAUCGA